AUGCUGCUUCGCGUCAUUUGCCUCAUUCUGCUCGCAAUCCUCCAAACAUCCAGCGCAUUUCCCGGAUACUCGCUGGCCAUUCAACAGAAGCCCGCCGACAAUCCGCCGCCGUUGCCAAUUCGCCAAAAGCGCCGGAAUUUCUUCAAAAAACUCGGCAAAUCCACCGAGAAGUCGUUCCACUCGUUUCGCAACGCGGCUCUUCCCGCCGCCGGUGCAGCCGCCGGCGCUGCGGCCGGCGCAGGAAUCGGCAAAUAA